UGUAGGAGAGGCGGCCCGGCUCGCCUGAGAGCCGUGCGAGCCGGUGCGGCGGAAGGGGCGCACGGGCGGCUCGCCGGGUCCCCGACCAGACGACGUAAACCCGGGAGUGGCACGCGUCGUCUCAACGGUGAGGGGACGCCAGUGGGCGGCGGGAGCCCGGGCUCCGGCGCGGCGCAGAGCGAAUCCAGCUCCGCAACCGGAAGUGUCUGCGGCGCGGCGUCGCACCGGGAAGUGUGGCCGGACGGCAGCCGCACCCGGAAGCGGGAUGCUCGGCUGCUCGGGAAGUGAUGGUACCCAGCCAGUUGGGAUACGGGGUUAAAACAGGGAUGUGCAGAUGGAGGCUGGAGGAGACACUGCUGCCCCGGCCCCUGGGGACGCGGAGGACCUGGAGGACACGCGGUUCCCCAGUGAGGAGGCUGGAGACGGUGGAGGGGUUCCCGAGGACCCGCCGGAUCCCGGAGACGGGGACCUGGAGAAAACAGAAUCCGAGACGAAGGAUCAGCCACCUGGCCUGCUGUCACCACUGCCCCAGUCAGACGCCCCAUCAUGCACCUGUGGGCUUUGGGAUCCUGCAGCCUCCGAGAAUAGUCCCAUGGGGGCCCCUGAGAGUGGCUCUGGGGGCCAGGGUGGGGACCCCAGUGAUGAGGACUGGCGCAGCAAGCGAAAGCACGUGUUUGUGCUGAGCGAGGCAGGCAAGCCCAUCUACUCAAGAUACGGUAGUGUGGAGGCUCUGUCGACGACCAUGGGUGUGAUGACAGCCCUCGUGUCCUUCGUGCAGAGUGCAGGAGAUGCCAUCCGCGCCAUCUAUGCUGAGGACCACAAGCUGGUGUUCCUGCAGCAGGGCCCACUGCUGCUGGUGGCCGUGUCAAGGACUCCUCAGUCAGCAGCCCAGCUGCGGGGGGAGCUGUUAGCUGUGCACGCACAGAUCGUGAGCACGUUGACACGUGCGAGUGUGGCCCGCAUCUUCGCACGCAAGCAGAACUACGACCUCCGCCGCCUGCUGGCCGGUUCAGAGCGCACACUAGACCGGCUUCUGGACAGUGUGGAACGGGACCCUGGUGCCCUGCUCCUGGGCGCCGUGCGUUGUGUGCCUCUGGCUCGCCCUCUGAGGGAUGCACUGGGUGCACUGCUCCGACGGUGCACAGCACCUGGCCUGGCACUGUCAGUGCUGGCGAUUGGAGGUCGACUGGUGACGGCAGCCCAGGAGCGGACUGUGUUAGCCGAGUGCCGGCUGGACCCCGCUGACCUGCAGCUGCUGCUCGACUGGGUGGGUGCCCCGGCCUUUGCGGCAGGGGAGGCAUGGGCACCUGUGUGCCUGCCCCGCUUCAACCCUGACGGUUUCUUCUACGCCUACGUGGCUCGCCUGGAUGCCAUGCCGGUCUGCCUGCUGCUGCUCGGCACUGACCCUGAGGCCUUCCAUGACAUGGCCACCUGCCGGCGCCUGGUUGAAGAGGGCAUGCACACUCUUGGUGCCAUGCGUGCCCUUGGGGAGGCGGCCAGCUUCUCAAAUUUCCCAUCAACCAAUGCUCCUGCCUACAGUGUGCAGGCUGUGGGGGCACCUGGCCUCCGACACUUCCUCUAUAAGCCGCUGGAUAUCCCCGACCAUCACCGCCAGCUGCCCCAGUUUACCAGCCCCGAGCUGGAGGCCCCGUACAGUAGGGAGGAGGAGCGGCAGCGCCUGUCGGACCUGUACCACCGUCUGCACGCACGCCUCCACAGCUCCUCCAGACCCUUGCGCCUCAUUUACCAUGUGGCCGAGAGGGAGACACUGCUGGCCUGGGUGACUUCCAAAUUUGAACUCUAUACCUGCCUCAGCCCCCUGGUGACAAAGGCAGGUGCCAUCUUGGUAGUGACCAAACUCCUGCGCUGGGUGAAGAAAGAGGAGGAUCGACUCUUCAUUCGUUACCCACCCAAGUACUCCACACCCCCACCAGCCCCAGCUGCUUCCACAGACCAGCCUUCCCAUAAUGGCUUAUUCACUGGACCUUGAGAGGCAGAGUUCUCAGGUUGGGCAAUGCUGAGAACCACUACCUUAGGCUUUUACCUUCUGUCUCCACCCUGGAAAUGGGGCAGGAGGCACAGAGGACAGUCUGUUUCCACAGCUCCAUCAUGCUCUACCACCUCUGGGGCAAUCCUUAGGCCUUCCUCUGCCUUCCUCUCCCUCUGCCUCACCUCCUCCACUUGGAUGAUGUUCGCCUCUGUCAGGGGCUAUCUCCUCUGGUCCUGGUACCACACCCCCUGUCCUGCAUCAGGAGUCUGCCUCCUUGAUGGGCUCUCAGCCCUGAGUGUCCAGGGCUGGCCAGGGUCCCGUUGAGUGGUCCACAGGGGCUCUGGAACUGGGAAUGCAUGGCCAGCCUGUGACUGGAACCAGCUUGGAGAGAGUUUCAGAAAGAAACAGUACAUAAAAGACCUAAAUUCA